UGCAACUCAGAGCAAUCAUGGCGUCCGAUGAAGGGUCCCCGCCGAUGUCCCCCGGCAUCCUGGAAGCCAGCAAAGAACUGGAAGAGAUCAUUCAGGACAUUGCGGAAGACCCAUCGCUGAUCAACACCGAAAAUGUUCGACUCGAACUCCUAAGGCGCUACGAUUUGGCACGCCGAGAUGCUGGGAGCGCCACUUUGAGUCGCUGCAUCCGAGUGAUGAAAGAUCAGAGCAGAAGUGGAGCUACCAAGGUAGCCAUGAUGAAGGUGCUCGACUACCUUAUGGAUGUGAAAAAUGGCAUGUUGGCAGAUGCGAUAGCAGAAGACAGAAAACUGGAGUUCUUCAAAAACAACGCGAAGAAGACCAAGGAGAAAGAACGACGAAAACGUCGUCCCAAAGACAUUGAGAUGCUUCAGGCCACCUUGGAGCUCUUUGACAAAUGGGGCCGACGCUACGAGGGCUCUGCACCUGGCACCGGGGCGGCCAAGAUCGCAGCCACCUGGAGAGAGCUGAUGAAGGAACAGAUACAAUUCCACCAGCCCUAUGAGUAUUUGACCCUGGCGCCCGCCCCUGCGGAUGCUGGAGCGUUUAGUAUGGCCGCCCCAGCUGCUCCGUCAGCUUCCUCGAGUGACCUGAACGAAGCGACGCUGGGAAGGUUGGCAGAUGAAAUGCAGAGGGCGAUGGAACAACAUGGACUCCAAAGUGCAGAGUUUGGAGAAGCCCAGGCCCACUUUGAGUCGACAUUGGAGCAAUGGCAGCGUGCAGUAGAGUUGGCUGCAGAUGGCGACUCCGAGCGCUUCGCCCAACUCUUCGACGUGGUGAGUCGCUACGCGGAGAGGCAGCAGAACAUCAAGGCGGGUGCUGCUGCGCCAAUGGCCGCGGCACCGCUGGGCCCGGCAGCAACGACACCGGCAUCGCCCAGCACGUCUUGGGAUGAGGAGGCCCACGAGGGUCGACACAAGAAGAGCCACCGGCGCCGCCACAGCCGCGAGAAGCUGCCGGAGGUGGUAACACCAAGCUUUGGUGAAUGGCACGAUGGGGAAGAACAGGUCACGGGCGAACAAGGUUCCUUCGGUGGAAACUUCUCGUUGCAGUCCUUUCCAUCCUUUGGACCCGAUGGAGCUGGCUUCGCCUUGGACGGCUUCGGAAGCUUCGGUAACAUGGGAGGGGAUGGGCCGCCAGCCAUGGGCCCCAUGGCCCCCAUGGGGCCCAUGGGGCCCAUGGCUGGUUCUUUUGGCGAUGCGUCGAUGUCAACUGGAGGAUUUGGCCGCCCAAACUCCGAACCAAGUCACGCUGCGAUGUCGCAGCAUAGACAAAGUGAAGCCUCCGCCCCCUGGACCCCCGAGCCCACACCGGCGCCGGUGGCAGCGGUGGCAGCGGUGGCGGAGCCGGAGCCCUCGAGCCCGGAGACGCCGGGGGAUCACAUGGCGGAACUCUGCAGGAAGUUGGCGCUGGAGGUGCAGCACUUGAAGAGUCAAGCGGAGACCACCUCAGAUCUGGAGCUGAAACUGCAGGCAGCGCAGAGACGCAUCCAAGAGUUGGAAGCACAGGAUACGGACAAGUCCAAGGAUGAUGCGGUCGUCAGUGCGUUGCGUGAUGCCAACAUGCAGAUGCAGGCUGAGUUGGACCAGCGUGGAUUCGACCUGGCUGCUGCCAGAAAACGGGCCCUGGAGGCCGAGCGCCAGCUCGCGGAGAAGGACGAGGUCUUCUCGGACACCUGUCAGCGACUGCUCGACGCCCAGCGGCGCAUCGCACAGUUGGAAGAUCAGUUGGCGAAGGAAGCGGAGGUGCAACAAUCUCUGGAGGAUCGCCUACAAGGUGCAAAAGCUCAGCAAACGGCUUCAGAGCUGGAGUUGAAGCAGGUGAGACACGCCCUGAGAUCGGUCACGGGCAUCGAGCAGAGCAGUCGCAGGAGCAGCAUCCCCUAUGGUGGCUUUCCCGGUGGAGCUGGUGACCGGAGUGACCGGAGCCAGCUCCCUGGAUCGCCCACGGUGAACCAUGCAGAUGAGUUGGCAUCCUCGAUGACUCAGAAGACCUUCAGGCGAGAAGGAGAAGAGUUACCAUCUGCGCCAUUGGUGCCUCGGAGCUCCCUGCAGACCUGGCAGCAAACAGUGCGGAUGUGGAGCCCACCUGGAGCGCUGCUGAGGCGGCCCGCUUCGCAAGAGAUUGCCAUCAGCACUGCGGCGCAUUUCCGGGAGCUCUUGGGCAAGAAGCAAGGCAUUCUCUAUGAGGAUCACCAGGCAGAACCUGCAAAUCCGCCGUUUCUGGGAUGGGUAGAUACUAAGCAUUCCAAUUUUUGUGAGUGA